AUGCAAUCACCACUAGCAACAAUUAAACACAACUGGGGAGCCUUUAGUCCCCUGGAAAAACGAAAUGUCAUCAUCUAUAUUAUUGGGAUCAUGUUUUACAAGUUUGGUCUGGAGGCAUUCACCGGUUCUAUCAUCGCCCUUGCUACCAAUCGGUACGACUACGAUGCUGCCAUUCGCUCCGCCGCACCAAUCACCUUUGAACGGAUCGGUCUUCUUACAGGCUUAAAUCAGGCUUUCCAGUGCGUUGGCUCAAUUAUAAUAGAACUUGCAAGUACGGAUGUAGAGCUCCCUCGCGCCACCUGUUAA